GAGGCCCGAGGAGGAGGAAGAGGGAAAGACGGCCCGGGAGGGUGACCGCCUGCCUGCUUCGCCCCCGCCGCGUCAGGCCCGUGGCUUCCUCGAGCCCGCCUUGCGCUCCGCCCGGCCCGGCCGCUGCCUCCUGCAUGUCUUUCUUGCCCUCAGCCCCGCCGCCUGAGCAGCCGCCUCAGCCCCGUCGACAGACGCCCCGGGGGCUGGAUGCAGACUAACAGGGAUGCCAAAGGAAAAAUAUGAUCCUCCAGAUCCUCGCAGAAUAUAUACCAUCAUGUCAGCCGAAGAGGUAGCCAAUGGGAAGAAGUCCCAUUGGGCAGAGUUGGAAAUCUCGGGUAGAGUGCGCAAUUUAAGUGCAUCACUUUGGUCACUAACACACUUGACUGCUCUCCACCUCAAUGACAACUAUUUGACUCGCAUUCCACCUGAUAUUGCCAAGCUUCAUAAUCUGGUUUACCUGGAUCUCUCAUCCAACAAACUCAGAAGUUUACCAGCAGAACUAGGAAACAUGGUAUCUCUCAGGGAAUUGCUUUUAAACAACAAUUUGUUACGUGUUUUGCCUUAUGAACUUGGACGGCUCUUCCAGCUACAAACACUAGGUUUGAAAGGCAAUCCUUUAUCACAAGAUAUUCUCAGCCUGUACCAGGACCCAGAUGGGACACGUAAAUUGUUGAACUACAUGCUUGACAAUCUAGCAGUUCAUCCAGAGCAGCUGCCUCCAAGGCCAUGGAUUACAUUAAAAGAGCGAGACCAAAUUCUGCCCUCAGCUUCAUUUACUGUCAUGUGCUACAACGUAUUGUGUGAUAAAUACGCUACCCGACAGCUCUAUGGCUACUGUCCUUCCUGGGCUUUAAACUGGGAAUACAGAAAAAAGGGAAUCAUGGAAGAAAUUGUGAACUGGGAUGCAGAUAUCAUUAGUCUUCAGGAAGUAGAAACUGAGCAAUACUUCACCCUCUUUCUGCCAGCAUUAAAAGAGCGUGGAUAUGACGGAUUUUUUUCUCCAAAGUCACGUGCCAAAAUCAUGUCUGAGCAGGAGCGAAAACAUGUGGAUGGUUGUGCAAUAUUCUUCAAAACAGAAAAAUUCACACUGGUGCAGAAGCACACAGUAGAGUUCAACCAGGUGGCAAUGGCCAACUCAGAAGGGUCAGAAGCUAUGCUGAAUCGAGUUAUGACAAAGGACAACAUAGGAGUUGCAGUUGUGUUAGAGGUGCACAAGGAACUGUUUGGGGCAGGUAUGAAACCACUUCAUACAAUGGACAGCCAGCUGCUUAUAAUAGCAAAUGCCCAUAUGCAUUGGGACCCUGAAUAUUCGGAUGUAAAGCUUGUCCAGACGAUGAUGUUUGUCUCUGAACUUAAAAGCAUCCUCGAGAAAGCCUCUGGUCGGCCUGGAAGCCCAACAGCAGAUACAAAUUCCAUUCCUCUGGUGCUGUGUGCAGAUCUCAAUUCACUGCCUGAUUCAGGUGUUGUGGAAUACUUAAGCAAUGGAAUAGUGGCUGAGAACCACAAAGACUUCAAGGAGUUGCGUUAUAACAAGUGUCUCAUGAACUUCAGUGGCAAUGGAAAGAAUGGGGCUUCUGAAGGAAGAAUCACCCAUGGCUUCCAGCUCAAGAGCGCCUAUGAAAACAACUUGAUGCCUUAUACUAAUUACACUUUUGAUUUCAAGGGUGUAAUUGACUAUAUUUUUUAUUCCAACACUCACAUGAAUGUGCUUGGUGUCCUGGGGCCUUUGGAUCCUCACUGGAUGGUUGAGAACAACAUCACGGGGUGCCCCCACCCUCACAUCCCUUCAGACCACUUCUCACUGUUGACUCAGCUUGAGCUCCACCCUCCGUUUCUGCCUCCGGUCAAUGGCAUCCAUUUGCCGAACAGGAGGUAGUGGAGCCCUGCUCCUUCCGAGGGCUGGGACCUGUUUGUUUGUUCAUGGACUUGUACAGUUGUAAAUCAAAGUCUGUAGGAGUGAAGUAUGGCCAACCUUUUAAAAGCUGCUGCUUCAUGCUCCUUUCAUGAUGUGUGUUGACAGUACAAUUUUGCACAUUUUUGGUGCAUAUUGGUACCGUUUGGCACUAGGGCUGGAACCAAAGUUGUUGUUUGUUCCCCUUUUCAGGUUUUUUUGUUUUGUUUUGAAGGUACAGACACAAAGUAUAUACAGACACACAUGAAGAAAAGGCGGCAGGCUUUACAUGUUUCAGCAAAAAGCUGCCUUAAUGGACAAAUCGGAAAGGAGGGAUUUGCUUAUAUGUAUACAUCCAUAGCCAAAGGUUUUGUAUUUUUUCAAUCCUAGCCAGAUGUGUCCUUCCACCUGCUCCCAAAUCACUCACAUUUUUAAAAGUCCUCUGCACUAGACUUGACAGCAUGUAUUGGCUCUCUUGGGAAUUGUGUAUCAUUGGAAAUAGCACUUAAUGUUUUCAAUGUUUGUUCUCAGUACAGAUUUGUUCACCUCCCAUUUGAAAUAAGAAAGAUGCAAGACAUUAGUCUUCCUACCAUAAAAAAAAAAGAAAAGUUGCUCUGCUGCAAUAGAGACCUUUUCCAUGAGUAUCUGAUUGUAUCUGGCACUAAGUCACCAGGGUGUUAUGCCCUGCACCACCUCCAUUUCUGAGCUGUAAAAUGUUGCAUGCUCUGGUCUCAGAUUCAGUGAAUCACCUCCAUUACUCCAGGGGUAGGGAUGAGUCUGAACAUCUGGCUUGCAGCUGUAUUCUCUACCAGAAGAGUAAGAUAGCAUCGGUCUCUUACUUGCAGAGAGCUCAAAAUUAUGAAUUGGAUCACUUCAGGGGAACACAGAUAGAGGGACAGAGGACCAAGAGAGAGCCACAGUAAUUGGAGGACGAUUUGGAAUGCUGGACCCUGUGUUUAAAAUCAGUGACGAGAAUUCUUCUGCUAUUUAUAUAUUCGUCCACAAUAUAUAAAUGUUCCAACCCGAACACAGCUCUUCUCUUUAGCCCUUGUAAAUUAUAAGCCCCUUCUUCUGCCCUUUUAAAGUAUUCGGUCGAGAAAGGCUGGUAGGAGUGAAGUGGGAGGUGGAUGUUUAGCUUCAGCCGCCUUCAUGCAGAACAAGCAACUUUCUCUGGGUGCAAUUUUUUGUUUCAACAUGAAAGUGAGAAAAAGGUUAACCAUCCCCUUGGCUUUUUUUUUUUUUUCCUAACCCUAGUCGCCAAAUAGCCAUCUCAUGCUUUUAAUUCUUUUUUGUUCGUUUUUUCUGUUUUCUAUCAAGUUUUUUUUUUUUUUUUUUUUUUUUGAGGGAAACUACUUGUUUGUUCCCACCUGUUAAUUUCUUUCUUUAAGAAAUGCUUAGGCAUCCUUGCGUGCGCGUGUGCUUCUGGUGGCCAUUUUAAAACCUUUGUUCUUCUGGAGGGUGGGAAAAUAUUUUAUAAAUGCCAUCUCUUUAAGAGAGAUGCGGCUGUUAUCCACUCAGGACAACUGCUAUUGUGGUGGGCUUGAGCAGAAUCUUACGCAUAGGCUGUUCCAGUGCAGGAGGGGGUCCAAAGCAAGCAAGAUAGUGGAUGUGGGGUCUUGGUCCAAGUCCUGCCCCUGGGUGGGCAUUGCGUGCACACACGGAGGUGUGCGCUUGGAUCACAAUGCUGCGUCUUCCAUCUGGCGUGUUUUGACCCACCACCUGUGGCUGCUGCCGCCUAGUCAUUCCAGCGAAAGAAAGGCACUUAACAGUAAGCCCUUAGUGGAUAGAGUCACACCUUACUUUUCCAACAGCAGCAACAAAGGCAAAAGGACAUUUGUUUUAAGUUUUUGGUAUUUCUGCUUGCUGCUAUACAAGAUUCCUUGAGCUUAUAUUUUAAACUUUUCAUGCACUUUACUAUUUCUAGUCUGAAAAUGUGAUAUUUUUAAUAAAUGAGAAUUAUUUCCAUUAUGUGAAUGAAAAUUUUUAAAGGGCCUAUAUUUGUCUCAUCAAUACACUUUAAAAAAGGAAAAUAAAAAGAGUCAAGUAGUUAAUUUUAAAUCCUGAGGGACUGUCUGUUCUAUCCACAGGAGCCUUUAAGGUAUCUCUUUCCCCUCUCUCCUUUCUGUUUGGCUAACUGUGUCUGAAAUGGCAAGGGAGAAUUUGCAUUGGGCUCUGAAUUGUUCCCUCGUGCUUGUAGUGGGGUGGAGGUGGAGCGGAAUGAGGUACUGAAGAAUGCAGUCCACUUUCAAAAGGAUUUGUCUUCAGUUGGAACUUGCUGCACUGUGUAGAAUGAAAAAAGGAGAUAUUCAGAUGAAACCACAGCAGGGCAAUACUCCUUUAUAGGCCAAAUCAUCCUGUGGCUUAAACAUUAAUUUGCUUGGUGGCUGUUAUUGCAAGUUGGUGCAGCUAAUAAACCUCAGUCCGCUUCCUCUGUGGUGCGCUUAGAAUGGUAUGUGAACCAGGAAUUCUGCCGUUUUUGAGUUUCUUUCUGUGUCUGGUUCCAAGAGAAACAAGCUAGAGUUUCAGAUUCAUGCAGUGCAUUAAACAAAUCGCCAGAGCUGCAGGUCUGUUCAUUUGCAGCUCAGCCAAUUUGAAGCUAGGUAGCACUGAUACAAGGAAACUCAAAAUGACAGCCCCACUUCAGAUCCCUCCCUUUAAUCUGGAGCAGGACCUUGAUGGAUUCACCUGGCCUUUCAGUGUGUUUUUACUGAUCACUCCCCCCUCACAAUUGGCUCCCUUUGGUGGUGGGGAAGGGAUCUUACACACUGUGGUCGUGAGCUAGUGUUUUCAAGAGCAGCUCUGUAAAAUCCAAUUAUGAAGCAUGAGAAAUCUUUUCUCCUUUUAAAGAUCACAUUCCCCACCCCACCCUCAACAUUGGUGCAGGUAUUCUCUCUUACGUACCUCAAAAGGGUUCUAUAAAUGGCCAUGUAUAUAUACAUCUAUCUCUCUCUAUAUAUAUAUAAAUUGACAAGCCAAUUACGAUACAGUACUGGAAAGUUGACUAGCAUGACAAACUUAAUUUUGUGGACAUUAACCCCUUCGGUUUUGUUUCUGUAAGGGCACAGCCUUCUGGGAACGGCCUUUGCUCCAGCCCUGCCGCAAUACAAGGGUCCCAAUUCCUGUUCGUUUCAAUAGGGCUGGAAGGGGGGAAUUCCCAGUUGGAGUGUGCUCCAGGUCAUCUCCUGUAUCAUUUUGAGGCAUUUCUUAUGUUUCUUUCCUUCUCUGGAGGUAUGCACUAACAAUUUCCCUCCUCCUCGUACGUGCAUGUUAACUAGCAGAGUGAGCAAUAUUUCCCACCAUACUUCACUCCCAACUAUUUUUGGAGAUGUUUGUAUAAAAUGGAGUUUAAAAAAAAAUCGCCUGUGAUUGUAUAUGAACUGCAAAGGAGCCAGUUUAUUAAAUAAUACAAAAACA